AUGGAGGACAAUAUUGUGAAAGUCAAGGUGGGCUUGGAAGGAGCAAGUAUAAAAGUGGAGCUAAGCCCGUCAACAUUGCAAUUUCUCAGGGACUUUUGGACCUGCAGUGGCUCAACUGGUGCAAACAGCAGCAAGCUGAGUGAAUUCUUCCUUGUGGGCCUGACUGAUGAUCCUCAGCUGCAGCCUAUCCUCUUUGCUCUCUUCUUGUUUAUCUAUGCAGUAACAGCGGUAGGAAAUCUGGGGCUCCUAGCCCUCAUCGUGGUCAGCCCCAGACUUCACACUCCCAUGUAUUUCUUCCUGAGCAACCUCUCUUUUCUUGAUUUCUGUUAUUCUUCAGUUACAGUCCCAAAGAUGUUAAUGGGUUUUUUCUCCGAUUGCCAAACCAUCUCUUUCUCUUGUUGUGUAGUUCAGACGAGCUGCUUUAUCAUCUUUGCUGUUACCGAGUUCUUCCUCCUGGCCUCCAUGGCUUAUGAUCGUUAUGUAGCAGUCUGCAAUCCUUUACUCUAUCACAUCACCAUGUCCCCAAGGCUUUGUUUGCAGCUGGUGACUGCCAGCUAUGCAGUGGGCCUGAUAAACAUGGUGCUUCUCACGAGUACAACCUUUCACCUGAUCUUCUGUAAGUCCCAUGUUCUCACUCAUUACUUCUGUGAUAUUCCUCCACUUUUAAAACUUUCUUGCUCUGAUACACGGGUUCUCCAGGUUUUCCUCUUUAUCUGUGGUGGCUUUAAUGUUUCUGUGUCCCUGGCAAUUGUCCUCAUCUCCUACAUUUGUGUAUUCUUGGCUAUAAUCAGAAUACCUUCAUCUGAAGGUAAACACAAAACCUUCUCCACAUGUGCUUCCCACCUAACUGCUGUCAGUUUGUACUAUGGAACAACAAUUUUCAGUUACAUGCGCCCAUCCUCGGAGUACUUAGUUGGAAGGGAUAUGCUAGUCUCUGUAUUCUACACAAUUGUCAUUCCUAUGCUCAACCCCAUGAUCUACAGUCUAAGAAACAAAGAUGUAAAGGAAACAUUUGGGAACUUUCUAAAGAAGACGUCACAAUUCUUCUCCCUUCCCAUGUCCAGAUUUCGAUGA